AUGGACCAACAUGCCGAAGCGCCUCGACGCAAGCGGAAGAGCAGGUUUAGCGAUGCUCAACCAGAUUCUGUAGCACCAGUAGACAAGAACCAGGCUGUGAAUACUGCUGUGUCAUCAUUUUCAUUGGAUCCUGCAGCUUUGGCACGAGCUGCAGCAGCCAAGAUCGCGCGGGCUAUUCCCGGGUCCGCUGCUACAACAACUGCAUCCAUGUCAGCAGCCAUAACAAGUGUGAAAGCGGUUUCGUUGGAUUCUGAAGAAAUGCGUCGGAUUGAGCAGGAGAAAAGACGUAGAACAGACCAGAUUUAUAAGUCGGUGCAGAGCCAGAUGAGCCACAUUAAGGCGCUGUUGCGGAAGCCUGGAGCUCCUGCGGCAGGAGCUGUGGCAGCUGCACCUGCAGCAACGCAGCGUGAUAUAUCUCUUAGCGGGAGUUUUAUGCCAGCACCAUUGCUUUUGGACGAACAGGGUCGAGAGAUUGAUGCCGCAGGGAACGUCGUUGCAGAGAAACCGAUGGUGACAUCCGUAGCCACGCUGAAGGCAAACCAAGGAGGAGUGAGAGGAGAUGAUGCUUCAAAGAAACGUCAGAAUCCGUACUUAUUACAUCGCACGGUGGAAGAACAAGAUAGGCUGGAGACAGUGGACCCGAGGCUAAAGACGACCAAACGAGAAACCCGCGCUCGCAAGACAUUUAACUUUGUUGCGCAAGGAACGUAUGUGAAGCAGGCAGAACAAGUGCGCGCCCGUGACGCCAAGAAGAUGAUGGCUGGGUUUACGUCGGGGCGUAACCCGCGAGGAUAUCAAAAGGAAUCGAUUGUUUCUAUUGAUGAUGAUGCAAGCACCGUCUUGGAAGAUGCUGACACGACUAGUAGAAUGGAAAUUGACAACAUUGAUAUUCCACCUCAGCCAGAGACAUGUACACCUGACAUAGAGUGGUGGGAUGUGGAAUACCUUCCACAGAACAAGCGUGUUUUAGUGGACAAGUUUGGGUUUAUUAAGGCUAAUGUCCGUAAAGAGCAUUCAGUUGUUACGGUAUCAUACGCUGAUAUGAAACUGAAAUACUGUGGGACUGCACAUGUUAUUGAGCAUCCUGUGCGUCUCAACCUGAUUGUAAAGCACGACGACACACUCGUAGCUGUUCCGCUCAUGCUCACUGGUGCAGAGCGGAAGAAAAUUCGGCGUCAAAACCGCGCUGAUCGUGAAAAAGAGAAGCAAGACAAGAUUGCACUAGGCUUGCUGCCGCCUCCUGAGCCCAAGGUGAAGCUGUCAAAUAUGAUGCGCGUGCUGUCAGAGCAAGCCGUGGCCGACCCGUCGGCAAUUGAGCGCCAGGUUCGCGAACAGAUAGCGCAGCGUGAGAAAAAUCAUGAAAUGCGCAACCUCGCGCGUAAGCUUACGCCCGAAGAGCGUCGGGAGAAAAAGCUUCGCAAGAUCAAAAAAGAUGCCGCUGGCGAUAUUCAUGUGGCGCUCUUUAAGGUGCCGGAUCUUUCGAACCCGCAGCAUCGUUUUAAGGUCGAUGUCAACGCGCAACAGUAUCAUCUCACGGGUGGUGUGCUACUUUGUAAAGAUAGUAAUAUCAACAUGGUGGUAGUGGAAGGAGGUAAGAAGGCUAUCAAGCAGUAUUCGAAGCUAAUGAUGCGACGCAUCGACUGGAAUGGGGACCGUGUGGCAGACGAGGAGUCAGAUAGUGAAGAUGAGGACUCGUCGAAGCACGGCAACGGGUGUCUGCUUGUCUGGCAGGGCGUCGUCGCUCGUAAGGCUUUCAACAACUUUCGUUUUCAGGAGUGUCGGACGUCUGUCACAGCGCGGAAGGUGAUGGAGGCCAAAAACGUCGCACAUUACUGGGAUCUCGUGGAAAAGUCUGCAGGCACUUCAGCAAUUACGCCUUGA